AAGAAGUGAAGGAAAAACGUGGUGCAGCCACUCACAGCGCCCAACGCCGACCCAGAUCCGCGAGUGAAACACCACUGUAUUCGCCUUGCUACCACAAUACAAACCCACAAUAGCAAGCCCAAGCAAGAAGACUCCUACCAAAGAACGCACCCACGCUAAAACACAGUGCGUUAAAAGGGCAGAAUCCCCCCGUCCCCCUUCUGCGUCCGUAAACCCCAAAGCUCACAUACCAUACCACAAGACAACUUUUUUCUACCCACCAAUUCCGCACGACAUCACUAUCAAGAUGUCAGCAACCACUUUCCCGGCCUUCUCGCGCCUCCCAACGGAGCUCCGCCUCGCCAUAUGGGGACGCUGCAACCCCACAACAGCACACCAGGGACGCUGCAACCCUCCAACAGCCCGUCUCACAAUCCGCGAAGAGGAUUACGAAGUCCUCUCCGUUUCCGCCCCACCGCCCCUCUUCUCCACCAGCAAAGAGGCCCGCCGCGUCGCGCAAUCCGCCUUCGGGGUCCGCGACUACCCCAUCUGGACAGCAGACGACUGGGCAGACCUGGUCUUCGACCCCGCGACCACCCCCCUCGAGAUCGUCGUCGAGGUCGCCGGCGACAAGAAAAAGGGCACGGGGCUGAACGUCACGUGGACCGAGCUCGCGAUUAUCCUUGGCGAUGCGCUGCCUGCCGCGACCCGCGUGCACGUUGUGUGCCGCGAUCUGAACCGGCUUGAGAGGCUGUGGAUGCAGCAUCGGGCCGGGGAUGUGGUUGUGGGGGAGGCGGUGAGCGAGGAGGUGUUGUUCUCGGCCGAGGCGCUGGAGAUGGAUCGGGAGGUGCAGAGGGGGUUGCAUCGGGGGUUGGUCGUCACUGCCAGUGGGUAUACGAUGGGGGAGUUGGCGGAGCGGGAGGGGGAGGAGGAGGUGUUUGAGUGGAGGGUGGAGGAGGAUGAGGAGGAGGUGGUGGUGGUGGUGGAGGAGGAGCUGUGUGUGGAGAAGUCAGGGGAUGUGCUGACUUUGGCGUUGUUGGUGGAGUUGGAGGAGGAGGUUGAGGGGAGGUGGACGGAUGCGGCGGUGAGGGAGUGGGUUGACGGCGUGUGUGACGAGGAGGCUUGAGGCCUUCACGUUGCUGUUGCGCGUCAGCUUGCGGCCGUAGAAGUAGUUGACGACCUCCCGGCUGGGCCGUGGUUUGCUUUUUUUCUGUAGUUUUUCUGUAGUUUUGCCUGGUGUUUGACGACUUCGCAAUGCCAUGGUGUUUCUGUUUCGC